CCGGGGCCAGGGCCGCUGGGCCGGCGGCGAGGAGGAGGAGGGGCGCAGCCGCGUCCCGGGCCUCCGCCAGCCGCGCAGCGGACCCACAGCGAGGGAAAGCAUGAGAUGAGACGUCCCGCGACCGCCCCCAGCCCCCACCCCGGGAAGAUAGCUGCCGUCGGCGAGAGAGGACACUCCCUGAUCCCGAAGUCCCACCUCGCGGCGCCGCUUCCCUCCCCUCCCGCGGCAGAAGGGGCCCUGACCCACCCAGACGCGUCCCCCCGUCUCAAGAUAUGGAAGAGGACGGCGAAGCCGGCCCAAGUCCUUAGAAAUCGUCGCGGCGCUUCGAGGGGGCCCCGCGGGACCCUGCCUUCCGUGACAGCGCGGUUUGCUUUGCCGGCGCCACCGCCCGGGAGCCUGGCGUGGAAGUCUUCGCUUUUUUGGUGGGUGGUGGCAUUCCCCCCCCCCCCCCCAAUGUGGACUCCAAAGGAGCUGCUCCUCCUUGGCCAUUUGAAAUGAAAUGAUGGCCACACGGCGGCCCGGCCUGCCUGCGGGAGAUGGUGACCAGCUGAAGGCCUGCGAGGUAUCAAAAAAUAAAGAUGGAAAAGAACAAAGUGAAACUGUAUCACCAUCCGAAGAUGAAACCUUCUCAUGGCCAGGCCCCAAAACAGUUAUGCUGAAAAGAACAUCUCAGGGCUUUGGUUUUACAUUACGGCAUUUUAUUGUUUAUCCCCCAGAGUCUGCAAUUCAAUUUUCAUAUAAGGAUGAAGAAAAUGGAAACAGAGGAGGAAAACAAAGGAACCGCCUGGAACCCAUGGACACCAUAUUUGUUAAGCAAGUUAAAGAAGGAGGACCUGCGUUUGAAGCUGGAUUAUGCACAGGUGACCGAAUUAUAAAAGUCAAUGGAGAAAGUGUUAUUGGAAAGACGUAUUCCCAAGUAAUUGCUUUAAUUCAGAACAGUGAUACAACAUUGGAACUUAGUGUUAUGCCAAAAGAUGAAGACAUUCUCCAAGUGCUACAGUUUGCAAAGGAUGUCACAGCACCGGCAUAUUCUCAAGAUGCCUACCUGAAAGGCAAUGACGCCUACAGCGGCAAAGCACACAACAUCCCCGAACCACCGCCUGUUUGCUACCCCUGGCUAGCCUCUGCCCCUGCAGCCAUGGCGCAGCCAGCAGAAGCGUCUCCUCCAGAUUCCUCCGUGAAUAAGCAUCAAAGCAGCACACCGGUACUGACCCAGCCUGGCCGGGCCUACAGAAUGGAAAUACAAGUGCCUCCAUCCCCAACCGACGUUGCAAAAUCAAACACGGCGGUGUGCGUGUGCAACGAGAGUGUGAGGACCGUCAUCGUGCCUUCUGAGAAGGUGGUGGACCUGUUAACCAACAGAAACAGCCACGCGGGUCCCACACACAGAACUGAGGAGGUGAGGUACGGCAUCCACGGGCAGACCUCCGUGAAAUCGGUGUCAAGAACCACGUCACCACCUUCGUCAUUGAUUCCCACCGCCCACCUAGUUCAUCAGACCACAGGCUCGCCUUCCGGAAUUUUACUUAAAUCUGGAAAUUAUGGUGGACAUUCCGAAGGAAUCCCAAGCAGCAGAUCUCAGGCCGUGGAUUCUCCUUCAGUGUCUGUUAAUCACUAUUCCCCAAAUUCCCAUCAGCACAUAGACUGGAAAAACUACAAAACUUACAAAGAGUAUAUUGAUAACCGACGAUUGCACAUGGGCUGUCGGACAAUUCAGGAAAGAUUGGACAGUUUAAGAGCAGCGUCUCAGAGCGCCGCAGAGUACAGCGAGGUGGCCCCGGGUCGCACCGCCCUGCAGGUACGACGGAGAAGCACGUCCCACGACCGGGCGCCCCAGUCAGCCCAGAGCCGGCAGCGCAGCGUGUCCCAGGAGAGGCUGCAGGACCCCGUCCUGAUGAAGUACUGCCCGCGAAGCGCGUCUCAAGGGGCGCUGACCUCACCGCCCGUCGUCUUCGGUAACCACAGGACUCGUUCUUGGGAUUAUAUUGGAGGACAGGGUGAAGCCUUAGAAAAUGUCAAUUCCGAAAGUCAAACGCCCGAUUCCAACGGAGAACGGAAACAGACUUACAAGUGGAGUGGGUUUACCGAACAGGACGACAGGCGAGGUAUUUACGAAAGACCCAGACAGCAAGAAAUUCACAAACCUUUCCGAGGCUCAAAUUUUACAGUGGCUCCAGCUGUUGUUAAUUCUGAUCCUAGGCGAAUGAGUGGGAGAGGAGCAGGACCUGGGUCCCAGUUUAAAAAAAUGCCACCAGAUCUAAAACCACUGCAGUCGAGCAGACAUGUCCAGACCCCUUGUGGGGCGUCACUGGCUCCAGGUGCUUUGCAGGACAAGUCCCCGCUUGUGAAAGUAAGAAGUAAUUCUCUGAAAGCACCUUCUGCACAUGUCGCAAAACCAUCCUUUAUCCCGAAUUCAUUUGUUGCUGUCAAAGACCAAAAACCAGGAAACCACGUGCAUCAAAACAGUCUGUUGAAACAGCCGUCGUGGUCGCGAACAGAGAGUGCCCCGGAACCCCAAGAGGAGACGAGGAAGCCCCCCUCUCUCCCUGGAGCCCCUGCUCAGCUUCUCCUCCAUACUGGGGAGAGUUCUGGCAUUUCAGAUUUGGAAUUAGCUGCCAGUCCAGGGAACCAAGAUUUAAAUUUGCUGGAGGCUGAAAUUCAGCAAGCAGACAUGUUAGAUAGUAAAGAAACUGUCAUCCUGAGGGAUAAACCACCGUCUGGCCGGCAGACCCCACAGAUGCUGAGGCAUCAGUCCUACAUCUUGGCAGUGAAUGACCAGCAGGCCGGCUCGGACACCACCUGCUGGCUGCCCAACGAUGCCCGCCGAGAGGUGCACAUGAAGAGGAUGGAGGACAGGAAGGCCUCGGGGACCAGCCCACCGGGAGACUCCUUGGCUUCCAUCCCGUUCAUAGAUGAACCAACUAGCCCUAGCGUUGAUCACGAUCUCGCGCACAUCUCUGCUUCCGCUGUUAUCGCAGCCUCUUCCUCUGCAGUGCCCUCUCUAGCGACCGUCCCUCCCAGCCUUGCCACCUCCGCCCCGCUAAUCCGACGGCAGCUCUCCCACGAUCAUGAAUCUGUUGGACCUCCCAGCCUGGACGCCCAGCCCAGUUCAAAGACAGAAAGAUCAAAGUCGUACGACGAGGGAUUGGAUGAUUACAGAGAAGAUGCAAAAUUGUCCUUUAAGCAUGUAUCUAGCCUAAAGGGAAUCAAGCUCACGGACAGCCAGAAGUCUCCGGAGGACCCUGGUUCCAGGCGGGGCUCCUCAUCGGAGGUCUUCAGUGACGCCGCCAAGGAAGGCUGGCUCCACUUCCGACCCCUGGUCACCGACAAGGGCAAGCUGUUCGGUGGAAGCAUCCGGCCGUGGAAGCAAAUGUACGUUGUACUCCGGGGCCAUUCACUUUACCUCUACAAGGAUAAAAGAGAACAGACAGCUCCCUCCGAGGAGGAGCAGCCCAUCAGCGUGAACGCGUGCCUGAUCGACAUCUCCUACAGCGAGACCAAGAGGAAGAACGUGUUUCGACUCACCACCUCCGACUGCGAGUGCCUGUUUCAAGCUGAAGACAGGGACGACAUGCUGGCCUGGAUCAAGGUCAUCCAGGAGAGCAGCAACCUCAACGAAGAGGACACUGGAGUUACUAACAGGGAUCUAAUUAGUCGGAGAAUCAAAGAAUAUAACAGUCUGAUGAGCAGCAAAGCAGAACAGUUGCCGAAAACACCUCGGCAAAGUCUCAGCAUCAGGCAGACGCUGCUCGGUGCUAAAUCCGAGCUAAAGACCCAAAGCCCACACUCUCCGAAGGAAGAGUCGGAAAGAAAGCUCCUCGGUAAAGAUGAUACCAGCCCCCCAAAAGACAAAGGCACAUGGAGGAAAGGCAUUCCGAGCAUUGUGAGGAAGACGUUUGAGAAGAAGCCCACGGCCACCGGGACAUUCGGAGUGCGAUUGGAUGACUGUCCACCGGCUCAUUCUAACCGGUAUAUUCCAUUAAUAGUUGACAUAUGUUGCAAAUUAGUUGAAGAAAGAGGUCUUGAAUAUACAGGUAUUUAUAGAGUUCCUGGAAAUAACGCAGCCAUUUCAAGUAUGCAAGAAGAGCUCAACAAGGGAAUGGUUGAUAUUGACAUACAAGAUGAUAAAUGGCGAGAUUUGAAUGUGAUAAGCAGUUUACUAAAAUCCUUCUUCAGAAAACUUCCUGAACCUCUCUUCACAAAUGAUAAAUAUGCCGACUUUAUUGAAGCCAACCGUAAGGAAGAUCCUCUAGAGCGUCUGAAAACAUUAAAAAGACUAAUUCAUGAUUUGCCCGAACAUCAUUAUGAAACACUCAAGUUUCUUUCAGCUCAUCUGAAGACAGUGGCAGAAAAUUCAGAAAAAAAUAAGAUGGAGCCCCGGAAUCUAGCGAUCGUCUUUGGCCCGACCCUCGUGAGGACAUCAGAAGACAACAUGACCCACAUGGUCACCCACAUGCCUGACCAAUACAAAAUCGUGGAGACGCUCAUCCAGCAUCAUGACUGGUUUUUCACAGAAGAAGGUGCUGAAGAGCCUCUUACAACGGUGCAGGAGGAAAACCCAGUAGACUCACAGCCAGUGCCAAACAUAGAUCAUUUACUCACUAACAUUGGAAGGACAGGAGCCUCUCCUGGAGAAGUAUCAGAUUCAGCGACUAGUGACUCAGCAAAAUCUAAGGCCUCCUGGGGGUCUGGAAAGGACCAGUACAGCAGGGAGCUGCUUGUGUCCUCCAUCUUCGCAGCCGCCAGUCGUAAGAGGAAAAAGCCAAAAGACAAAGCACAACCUAGCAGCUCGGAAGACGAAUUGGACAAUGUGUUUUUUAAGAAAGAAAAUGCAGAACAGGAUCACAAUGAUGUCAAAGAAGAGUCCAAAAAAGAGCGCGAGGCAUUGGGCAGGAAACAGAGAAUCGUCAUUUCCAAAGAAACUAGUGCUAAAAAAGACAACAGCGCAGCGAAAGACGAGAAGGUGUCCCUCCGAAAAGAGAGCUCACCAUCCGAAGAAGUCUUGCCACCACACAGCUCAAAACCGAACAAGUCGCCUACCCUCAGCUGUCGCUUCACUGCGCUGACAGAACAAGGCCCCAGAUCGCUUGUGACCCAAAAGGCCUCCCAUCUCGAAGAGACGGGGCUGGACUGCAGCCUGUUGCUCAGCCCAUCUUCCCAGGCACCUCUGGCCAGGUUUCCCGCUAAGACGUCCACCAGCCCAGACACGACACGCAGCGAGCUCGUGGCCACUGUCAGUUCCGUGGCUGCAGACCACUCAGUGACGGCAUCGACGGCCUCCCUGGCUGGUCUUGAGGCCAGUCGGCGGAGCCCAGAGGUACAGUCCAUGGCGGAGAGUAAGGGGGACGAAGCCGAUGACGAGAGAAGCGAACUGGUCAGCGAGGGGCGGCCCACGGAGACUGACAGUGAGAGCGAUUUUCCUGUGUUUCCCACAGCUUUGAUGUCAGAGAGGCUUUUCCGAGGGAAACCCCCAGAAGUUACUAAGACUGGCCGGAGAAAUUCUGAAGGAAGCGAAGUGAGUUGUUCCGAGGGAAGUUUAACGCCCAGCUUGGACAGCCGGCGACAGCCCUUCAGUUCACAUAAGCUGAUCGAGUGUGACACGCUGUCCAGAAAAAAAUCUGCCCGAUUCAAAUCUGACAGUGGAAGCCUGGGAGAUGCCAAGAGUGAGAAAGAAGCACCCUCAGUAACUAAGGUGCUUGAUGUCAUGAAGAAAGGAAAAUCGAUGGGGAGUUUACUCACACCAUCCAGAAGUGAAUCGGAAAAACAGGAACCCACAUGGAAAAUGAAAAUCGCAGAUCGGUUAAAACUGCGACCCAAGGCACCCGCAGAUGACAUGUUUGGGAUAGGAAGUCAAAAACCUAACACUGAGACUGCUAAACGGAAAAACAUCAAACGCAGACACACGCUGGGCGGACACAGAGAUGCUGCGGAAAUAAGCGUUUUGAAUUUUUGGAAGAUGCACGAGCAGAGCGGUGAGAGAGAAUCCGAACUUUCAGCUGUGACUCGGUUAAAGCCCAAGUGCUCUGCCCAGGACCUGUCCAUUUCGGACUGGCUUGCGAGGGAACGCCUUCGCGCCAGUCCAGGUGACGCAGGGGAAACCGGGGACCCCCGAGCCCGGGGCGCUAGCUUGUUAGAAGUAUCCGUGGCGGACCCGACCUUACCCUUCCCAUCCGAUACCUUGGCUUCAACAAGUAGACCCCUUCUUUCCAAACCACCACAGUCACCUGACCAAAUAAAUGGGGAAAGCUUCCGGAACAUGAGCCAAAAUGCUAGUUCUGCAGCGGAUGCCCAGCCUCAUAAACUGUCCGAAACCCCAGGCCAUAAAGCACAGUUUCAUCCCUGUCUUUAAACUGGGGUUCUCUCCACUCUAGCAAAUAAGAAGCUACUGUUACACGUUCCAGUAACUCUGUAAAUAUUUUCUUGUACCAGAAUUGUUAUUAUGCAGCCUUCAUUUGGGCUGGUUUCAUCAUUUUGCACUGUGGAAUAGCUUUACAGUGCAUUCUACAGCCAGAAGAACAUAUAUAAAUAUAUAUAUAUUUAAAAAUAUAUUGGGCAGUUGUACACAGAUCGGGCAGGCAUUUGUUGCAACUGACUAGAUAGUGUAUUUCCACAAUUACUGACGAGAAUAGCUGGCAUUAGUGCACAGCAGAUCUGUUCUUUUGGGUUCAUCACUAACAACAAGUGCCUCAUCAUAAAAAUGCAUUUGGUUUUUAGGGUGCCAUAUUGUUAAAAUUAGAUGACUUACAUUGAAUAAAUGAAUGCGUUUUAUCAGAAACAGAUGUCGUUGCAUUUACCAGUUUUAACACAGGUGGAUACAGAACUUCCAUUCUUUAGUCAUUCCGGUGGAUCUCUGAGUUUUAUAUUCCAACUUUUAAUACAGUUUUUGAGUUUUGUGUGACUUGAAUUUUUAAUCUUUCUGUAAAAUACGUAACUUAAAUGAACAUAUUAUAUGUGUAUCUUUUCUUCAGAUACCAGAUUUGAUAUAAAUGUUGUAACAUAGCUGUGUAGAUAGCGGAUCCUGGAUGGAACUGGCUUCUGUACUGAGAAGAAUAUAAUUCUGCAUGAGGGCUUAAUGAAUCAACCUGUGUCAUGCCUGUGUGCAUACCCAAUUAAACACUGGAAAUAAAAGUUGUUUUGGUGAACUUU